AUGCCUCAAAAUUAUCCAGAAGUUUGGGAUGGCACUAUAGCCUUCAAAGAGCUCAAGGACCAGAUUGAAGAUGUUGCUAUUCACAUUGCAAAAGAGUUGCACGAUAUCACAGUAGUCACCAAGGAAACUGUUAAGGAAUUCAAGGAGAUGUGUGAUGGACCAUUGAGGUCACUCAGCUCAAAAAUUCAAGAUGAAUCCCAGAAUAAUGAAGAAAAUUGGGAGGACCUUUUCCAACAUUUGGAUGAUAUUCAGACUGAACAGGUCAACCUCAACGCCAAGUUCAUAAGGAAUCACCGCAACCUCCAAGUGGUUUGCACAGCUAUGAUUGAAAUCCUAAAGAACCAAGCUAGUGAACGCACCAAGUUGACUGACUUGACAGCUAGUGGGGCUCCUGACAUCACGUUGGGCAAUAACUGA